AUGGAAGACUGUUUGGUGAAAAAAAUGGAAAUCACCGUUUCGGAAGCUGAAAAACGAACUGGGAGGAACGCUGUGAACAUGCAAGAAACAUACACUGCUUACCUCAUUGAGACAAGAGCUGUUGAGUCCCAGGGUGAGGGACAGUGUGCCCCAGUGGACUCCCUAUGGCGACGCUACAGUGAAUUCGAAUUGUUGAGGAAUUAUUUGUCGGUUACCUAUCCACAUAUUGUUGUUCCACCUCUGCCAGAAAAAAGGGCUGACUUUGUUUGGCAUAAGCUAUCAGCAGAUAAUAUGGAUCCAGAUUUUGUGGAAAGAAGAAGAAUUGGUUUGGAAAACUUCUUGUUACGUGUGGCUUCACAUCCUGUUCUUUGCCAAGACAAAAUCUUUUAUUCAUUUUUAACACAGGAAAGUGGAUGGAAAGAAAUAGUGAAUGAGACUGGAUUUCAGUUAAAGGCAGAUUCCAGAUUAAAAGCUCUUAAUGCAACAUUCAGAGUGAAAAACCCAGACAAGAGGUUCACCGAGCUCAAACACUACAGCGAUGAACUGCAGUCUGUCAUAUCACACCUCCUGCGAGUCAGAGCUAGGGUGGCGGACCGACUGUAUGGUGUCUAUAAAGUCCAUGGCAACUAUGGAAGAGUAUUCAGUGAGUGGAGUGCAAUAGAAAAGGAGAUGGGGGAUGGGUUGCAAAGUGCUGGCCACCACAUGGAUGUCUAUGCAGCUUCUAUUGAUGACAUCCUGGAAGAGGAGGAGCAUUAUGCAGAUCAGCUGAAAGAAUAUCUCUUCUAUGCAGAAGCACUACGGGCAGUUUGCAGGAAACACGAGUUAAUGCAAUAUGACUUGGAAAUGGCUGCACAGGACCUAACAUCUAAGAAACAGCAGUGUGAGGAGCUGGCAACGGGAACUGUGAGAACGUUCUCUCUGAAAGGGAUGACCAGCAAGCUCUUUGGGCAGGAAACUCCUGAGCAGAGGGAAGCCAAGAUAAAGGUUCUAGAAGAGCAGAUACAGGAAGGAGAAGAACAACUUAAGUCUAAAAAUCUGGAGGGCAGAGACUUUGUGAAAAGUGCCUGGGCUGACAUCGAGCGGUUUAAGGAGCAAAAGAAUCAUGAUUUGAAGGAGGCCCUUAUAAGCUAUGCUGUAAUGCAGAUUAGCAUGUGCAAAAAGGGAAUUCAGGUUUGGACAAAUGCAAAGGAAUGCUUCAGCAAGAUGUGAUUAUCUGGAAAUGAAUUCCUCCUCCAAGUGCCAGAGAAUGGAAGCACAAAUGUAUAACACCGAUGUUAAGUUGCUCCAUGACUUACACACAAAUCAUGAAAUAAAUGAGUUGAGUGAAUAGUUUUUCUUUCUGCUGAUUGUAAUUGUUAACAAAGGACAAAA